CUGGGUUGAUUUCGAUCGUGAGGUUGUUUGAUCGAUUUCGUGUUCUGAUUUCGGCUUUGUUUUCUCCGUUUUUCCGUCAUGGCUAACACUCCACGGAAGAGGAAGGGCAAGGGCGCUGCUUCUUUUUCUUCUCAGAAGCGUGCUAAAAUUGUUGACAGUAAUGAUUCCUCGAAGAGAAAGUGGAAAAAUUUAGAGUCCCACGCGGGAGAGGAAGUUCUACGUGCUCCUCCUCCUAUCCGGAAUUCUUUAAAGCUUUCUUGUGUUCGUAUGGAACCAAAUGAUGUUGAAUGGGAAAAGAUUUACACUGUUGGCUUGUUUCGGAAAUAGAAAGCUCUGAAGUCGGCAAAGGAUCUCCCGUCUUCUAGUGUUCCUAACUUGGAGGACGAUGAUGAUGUUGAUAGUGUUGUUCCUCCAUGUCCCCACAGUCCACGGAAUGAUAAUGGUGAUUCUGUUUUUUCUUCACAGCUUUCUGUUUUGCAGGCCCAAUCUGAUAGAUUGGUCAGUGAGAUUUCUUCUCUUAGGAGUGAUGUCACUCAUAAAAUUUUUGAUAUGUCUGGACAAUUCUAUUUAUUGGCUGAAUCGGUUAAGUGUUUGGGUAAGAAGUUCGACUCUAUGCUUCCUUCUAGGAAGAAAUUUGUUUAUGUGGUUUCUGAUGAUGGUAUUAAGAUUGAUGAUGAAGAAAAAGAAGGAAAUGAGGAAGAUGAAGAAGGAGAUGAGGAAGAGGAAGAUGAAGAAGGAGCUGAAGAUGAUGAUUAUGAUGGUGAGAGUAAAAAGAAAGUAGUAGUUAAGGAGAAUGCUAUUGAGGGUGAAAAGAAAGGAUUGGAGAAAAUCAAUACCGAUGGUGGCGAGGAUUGUGAAAAGGACCAAGGGAAGAAUAAUGUUACCAAUGAUGUUUCCGAUGAGAAAAUUGAAGAAACUAUCACCUCAGUUGUCAAGGAUUUUGGUGGUAUGGAAUCAAAUGAUGCCAUACUGGUUAGUCUUUGUUUUCUUUAUGUUUUGUACUUUGUUUAGUUUUUUCAAAGGAUUAUUGUGUAUGAUGGAUCAUUUUCUGCAUCACAACAACGGAUAGCACUUGUGGAUGAUGAUGAUGAUUUUUUAAAUUUUUGUGUGUUUUCUCCUGAUAUUGAUUCUGAACCACUGAAGGAAGAUGUUGAGAGGUUUGAGUCGUGGUAUUUAUAACAUUA